AUGUCCAAGGUCAUUACUAUUUUUGGCGCCACCGGUAACCAGGGUGGUUCGGUCAUCGACGCCAUUCUCGGCGAUCCUAACCUCUCCAAGGAAUUCAAGGUCCGGGGCAUCACCCGUGACACCACCAAGAAAACUGCACAGGACCUUGUCAAGCGCGGUGUCGAUGUUGUCUCGGCUGAUAUGGACUCCGUCGACUCUCUCACCGCGGCGCUGAAGGGAUCACACACUGUCUUCCUCGUCACCAACUACUGGGAGACCAUGAACGCCGACGUCGAGUACUCCCAUGGCAAGAAUGUCACCGAUAUCGCCAAGGCCGUAGGUGUUUCCCACCUGAUCUUCUCAUCUCUCCACCAUGUCACCGAGGAGACCAAGGGCCGUCUCGCCAAUGUUCCUCACUUCGAUAGCAAGGCCAAUAUCGAGAAGUACAUUCGUGCUUCCGGCGUUGGAUGCAGCUUUGUCCUUCCUGGUUACUACAUGAGCAACUUCACCCAGAUGCUCGUCCGUGCCGAGGAUGGCUCGUACCAGCUCUUCUACCCCGUUGGAAAGCAGGCUAAGUUCCCUCUCUUCGAUGCUGCCCAGGAUACAGGUCUCUUUCUGAAGAACAAGCAGAUUUUGGCCGCUACCGAGUACUGCACUCCCGAUGAGAUCGUGGACACCUUCUCCAAGGUCACUGGCAAGAAGGCCGUCUUUAUUCAAGUCUCUCCCGAGCAAUACAAGGCCUCCCUGCCUGAUAAUAUGGCCAACGAGGUCCUCGACAACCACCUGUUUGUGGAAGAGCCUGGCUACUACCUCGGAGAGCCCCUCGAGCCCAGUCUGAGCCUCGUCGAUACCAAGCCUACUUCCUGGGAGGAGUUUUUGCAGAAGAACAUAUCCGCUUGGAAAUAG